AUGGGGUCUAUCGGCGGCAUGUCCCCUGGUGGGAGCAUCGCGAUCGGUAUUAUAACCGGAUUGUUAUCAACUGGCGUGCAGAGCUUAGGUCUGACGCUGCAACGCAAGUCGCACAUCCUCGAAGACGAGAAGGGGCCCCACGAUGUCCGCCGACCACCUCACCGAAGGAGGAGAUGGCAGCUCGGGAUGGCCAUGUUCAUAAUAUCAAAUAUCCUGGGAAGCACCGUCCAAAUAUCGACACUACCGCUGCCCGUCCUGUCUACACUCCAGGCCUCGGGUCUGGUCUUCAACUCAAUAUGCGCCACACUCAUACUAGGCGAGCCGUUCACGAGGUGGUCACUAUGGGGCACAUUACUGGUCUGUGCCGGCGCUGUGCUGAUCGCUAUCUUUGGUGCCAUACCCUCGCCUACGCACACCUUGGACGAGCUGCUGGCGCUGUUGGGGAGGUCGGCUUUUGUGGUCUGGAUGGCGCUGCAGGCGGUUCUAGUCGUUGCCAUCUGCGUCGUCAUUGACGGUGCAAACCACUUUCUGAAUCUCUCACAGAGUCCACGAUUUCGUCUUGUCCGCGGCCUGUCCUACGGCUGCGUGAGUGGCAUAUUAUCUGCUCACUCACUGUUGGUGGCAAAAUCGGCCGUCGAGCUAAUCAUUAAGACUUUGGUCGACGGCAAGAAUCAGUUUGUCCGCUGGCAGGCCUGGGUGAUUGUCCUGGCCCUCAUCACACUAGCAUUGACUCAGCUUUACUACCUGCAUCGAGGCCUCAAGCUUGUCUCGACAUCAGUCCUAUACCCCUUGGUAUUCUGCAUUUACAACAUUAUUGCCAUCCUAGACGGGCUCAUCUAUUUCGACCAAACCGAACUCAUCAGCGCCUUGCGCGGUUGUCUCAUAGCGCUCGGCACCGUCAUUCUCUUGUCGGGCGUUCUUGCGCUCUCUUGGAGGCUUAGCGACGAGCAGCACACCCCAGUGGGCGGCCAGUCCUCUCUCGCACCAGGCCUCGGCCUCGUCGAGGAUACAGACGGGGAAGAGGAGGAAGAGGAUCUGCUUCUCGCCAGCACCAACCCGAUCGGCGCCGAAGAUGACGUCCUUCCGACGACUUACACGUAUAACACGUUUGACAGUCCGGAGCAGGACACCUCCCGGCGCAACAGGCCAAAACCAUUACCGCUCACCACAUCAGCCUCUUCGGGUUCUGGGCGGAAGAAAACGUCAUUCUUGCCUUCACUGCCGAGACCACGAUGGCAAGAACGACAGGAGAUAUGGGGCGAGUUGGACGAUGAUGAGAUCCCGUAUUCGCCUUUGCCAGUGAGCAGAUUGCGCUCAAAGACUCUCCCAGCCAAUGAUGCCUCGCUCUUUACUUCGCAUCGGAGAGGAAUUAGCGACACUCCCUUCGUGUUGGGCGAGGCAUCAACCAGUGCGGAUUCGCCCCGUCUGUCUAGAUCCGGCUUCCGCGCCCGAAGGAAGUCCACGGGCUUCCCCGGAUUCACAGCUCGGAAGUCAAGUAGAAGAACAUCUGGGGGACCAGUCCAAGGCGCACUUGGCGGCAUCUCACGUUGGUGGAGGAACAGAAACAAUUCCUCAGGGGACCUACUACCAAGGCCUUCCAGCUCGACUUUCCCGGAAUAUAGUGAUGAUCCAGGGGACCAUUCCUCCCAGGCUGCCCGCCCGGGGUCCUACCGGGAUAACCCUGAGCGGGACCGCAGUGAAGAGGCGCCGGGCUCGGCCGAGGUCACAGGGCGCAGGAGGGAAGACGAUUCGGCGGUAUAG